UAUAUCUCUGUGUGUGUUUUCCAAUUCUCUCUCUCUCUCUCUCUCUCCUUCUCUGUCCAUCUAUCUAUCUGUCUAUUUGUGUUUUCCUGGACGUCCAUUUUACACUGAAGAAGAAGAAGAAGAAGAAGAAGAAGAAGAAGAAGAGGAGGAGGAAGAGAUCGGACAAGAGUCACGGUUACGAAGGUGCAAAAGAGAAGGAAGACGAGGAAGAAGAAAAGAAACGAAGGGUGGCGAAGUGAGAGAGAAAGAAAGAAAGAAAGAAAGAGAGAGAGAGAGAGUGAGAGCGAGCUAGGAGAGGAGAAAGGAAAAAAAGUUUUCUGAAGCGUUCGCGAACGCCUCUCUUCUUUUCAGUGUGUUUAAAACCGUCUCGACGAGCUUACGGUCGAAUAAAAAGAGAACGAAGGAAGGAUCGAUCCAAAGAAAGAAAGGGCCGUGCAUGUUUAACUGUGGACUAUGGCAAGGAUCCGUAGUCGCCAGACUAUCAUGAUUCUCGGUUAUCUCGCGAUCGGCGUAGUCCUCGCGCAGAAUCCUGUUGAGGAGAAGACAACCUUCGAGGCUGCUUUUCAAGGAAGAUGCGGGCAUAGAUCUCCCUGCGAGCAUCUUUGCUACGAACUUCACGACGGAAUGUAUGAAUGUGACUGCAGGGACGGCUACAUACUUCAUAAGAAUGGAUAUAGUUGUGCCGAACUCAAUGCGACGUCACCGUCUACCAGCGAAUUCGGAGAACUCGUCGACGACAUGGAAAGAGAUGAAUUGAACUUGGAAACGGAGGAGGACGAAGAUGCGGUCGAAGAUAUUCUUUAUAUGCGUGGUGCAUCGUUCACGAUACAUUUGGACCAACCGAACGAGAACUCGACGACAAAUGGAACAAAAGUGAACGGACAAUUCAAUGGGACAUCUGAAAUCCCGGACUCCGGUCUUCCUACCGUUUCUCCUCAGGUACCAAGCACGACGCAGAAGUCAUCAACGAGCGAGCUAGGUGAUAGUAGCACUAUAACAAGUACCGAAGCAACCUGUACCUUAGAUUGUGGACCUGGUAAUUGUUUCAUCGAGCCGUCCCUCGAUGAAGAUAUUCCGGCGGUAUUAGUUACCGAGAGAAAUGGAAGCAACGAGGAUGGAUCAAUGACUAUGGAUCUCGAGGGCAACAGCGUAGCUCUUAGACAGCAGAAGGAAGGCAACUCCUUCAGGCAGAGGUGUCAAUGCCCUCUUGGUAGAGGCGGCGAUCGAUGUCAGCUUGAAGUCGAAGUGAGAUCACCGAGAUUUACGGGGUCAGGCUGGUUGGCAUUUCCAGCGCUAAGGGCGGCUUACAAGCACGUACAAUUAGAGUUAGAAUUUCGACCGGAAGCAUGGGACGGUGUACUGCUUCUUGCCGGCGAACGAGACGAUCUUCAGGGUGAUUUUAUGGCCCUUAUAUUACAUCAUGGUUUUAUCGAGUUCAGGUUCGAUUGCGGAAGUGGCGCGGGUACCGUGAGAAGCACGCAAACGGUGAAGCUCAACGAGUGGAACACUUUGAGCGUCUAUCGGCAUCGUUGGGACGCCUGGAUACAGCUGAAUCAGGAAAAGCGUGUGCAAGGAAGAUCGGAGGGCUUAUUUUCGAGGAUUACCUUCCGCGAGCCCCUCUUCGUUGGUGGACCGGGAAAUACGAGCGGCCUCGAGAGGCUCCCAGUGAGAACUGGAUUCAAAGGUUGCAUCCGACAUUUGGAAGCGAACGAACACCGUUACCGUUUCCCCUUGGCACCCCAGGGCGACGCAGCCAAUGGUUUCGACGUUGAGGAAUGCACGGCGGAUAGGUGCAGCAAAGUGCCAUGCGCCCAUGGUGGAAAAUGUCUGACAACCGGUGGUGACACUGCAGUGUGUCUCUGUCCCCUUGGAUACACCGGUGAUCUCUGUGAGACUAGAGUAGACCUUCAGGUACCAUCGUUUAAUGGGUCAUCCUAUUUACGUUAUCCAGGAUUAGGUGAUGCUUCACUCUCUUGGUUAGAAUUAUCCGUGACCUUAAAGCCUACGGCUCCCGACGGUGUUAUCAUUUACAAUGGGCAUCACAGCGAUGCUUCUGGUGAUUUUAUCGCUCUUUAUCUUUCUUCGGGAUACGUACAUUUCACCUUCGAUUUAGGAACUGGAGCAGCAAGCCUAAGAAGCGACAACCCAGUUCAUUUAGGAGAAUGGUUAGAAAUCAAAGUAUCAAGGACCGGUCGUUUGGCAUCUCUCAAAGUCGAGGACGAUCCAAUUCGAGAGAUUUUGGCACCAGGCGCAUACACGCAAUUAUUUUUACCAUUGAAUCUUUAUCUCGGUGGUGCACCAUCGCCCGAUCUCUAUUCGCUCAAACUUAAAACAACGAGCAGCUUCGUCGGUUGCAUUCAAAGCGUCAUUCUUAAUCGACGUGAGAUCGGUAUCUUGGCUGAGGCCUUGGGUGGUAUGAACGUUGGAAAUUGUGGUCACGCUUGCGAGGCCAGGCCUUGCGGAGACGCUGAAUGUCGACCUCUGCGAGAUCGAUUCACCU